AUGGUCAGACUGUGUACACAUCACCAGAAGCAGUUCAUUCGUGUGCUAAACGACAUAUACACUGAAGUACAACCAGACUCUGACGGCCAGCAGUUGUCUGAAUCUGAGACCAUGGAGGCCUCUACUUGUGGCUCUGGUUGUAGCCAGCGAAGCACUGAAAAUCAGGAUAAGGGUGCUAUUUGUACUGAAUCAAAGCUCCCUUCUGCCUUGGACCCAGGACAGUCAGGGUCCGAUGGCCCCUUGCAUGUUAUGGGACAAGUCCCGAAGCAGCCAGCGGAACUGAAGUCUCUGGACAGAGCAGAGAGCUCCAGUCCUGCUUUGAGAAGGGACUUCUAUGAGCUCCCCGUCACCAGGCUUCGCUCUGCUAGUCCAAAGGAUAGCUCCACCCAAGGAUACCUCAGCACCUUGAACUCUUCCUCUUUGAAUUUCCAUCAUGCCACAAAGAGCCUGGAAGGGCAGCAAGCUGCUGGACACGAGCAAGAAGCUGGUGUCAGAAAGUGUGAGGACAAUAAAGAGCACCUAGCAGGUAAGACUCUCGUGGAAGGUUAUAUCUCAGUCAAAGUGGCAAAUGUGAAUGGCAGUGAGGACAGCUUAGACAGCUGUCUGGGGUCCCAAAAGAGCUCUUUCAGGGCUCUGCCGGAAGAGUCCUGGGAUCCUGGCUUUGCGGUGACCCCUCCUCGCAGAGCUGACAAGGAGAACACUUUGCAAUGCAGCUCGAAAGCAUCUUUGCACCAGGACUUAGAUGCAAAAGAACAAGAUCCAAGACCAAAGCAAGAAAACCACCUGCAUGCCAUGGCCAAGGGCAAGGCAGGCUGCCACCUGCACCCAGCUGACAAGAACCCACUUGACAAGUCCAAAGAGGGCUGGCUGCCUGCCGGGCUGAGGAUCAACGACUACGACAACCAGUGCGACGUGGUGUACAUCAGCCAGCCCAUCACCGAGUGCCACUUCGAGAGCCAGCGGUCGGUGUCGUCCCGCAGGACAGCGAGGAAGAGCACACGGGGGUAUUACUUCAAUGGGGAGUGCUGCGAGCUCCCGACUGUCCGCACGCUGGUUAAGAGCUCCAGGGUGGAGGAGAGGGGGAGCAGCCCAGCACUGCGGACAGAGACCCUCGUAAGUGCAAAGCCACCCCUGGUGCUCUCGGUGGGGGGAUCUGCAGGGGCAGGACGGGAAGGUGAGAAGAGGGUUUCCCUGAGGCUCCUGGCUAAAGGAGCACCAACCAGCCGAGAAACGAAAGAGAGAGCUGAGCUGGGUUCCAUGCAGCUCCGGGAUACCCGAGCACUGAGGUCAAGGGAACCUGCCAUGGCCAUGCCUUUUUUCUCCCUCUCUGCUCCUCCCAGCCCCCAGAAAGAGGACAGCUUGGCCAGCUCACCACCCCCCAGCUCCCCUCCUGCCGAAGGAGUGAGGACAAGAGCAGGAG